GAGUGUCCAUUUACCGGAAGCUGUCGCGCGCAUUGUGUUCUAUUGGAUCGCGGUCUCUCCGUCAUCGGUAUGCCUUGCCCCGAGGUUAGGUAAAACCAGACGUGACCCCUCGCUCAUUUUCUUCCAGAUUGCUCUCGUUUCUUUGAUGUUUCUUCACGAUCUCUUCAGUUUCCAGAUUCUCUCCUCAUACCUCUCAUACCCCUCAUAAUGUAAGAGCCUCCUGUGCCUCCCCAAGCUUCCAAUUGGGAACCAACAUCACUAACACGCCAACCUCUAGAUCUCACAAACCCUCAACACCACACACGUCACAACCAUGAAGCUCCUCUACCCCACCUCCCUCAAGCUCGACGUCGACAGCCUCCAGGGCUUCUCCGUCGACCUCGUCCCCUACGACGUCAAGACCACCAUCCCCGAGGAGCACACAGACGCCGAGAUCCUCGUCACCUGGACAAACUCCGCCGACAACCUCAAGGACGCCGCCGCCCGCCUCAAGAACAUCAAGUGGAUCCAGUCCCUCGCCGCCGGCCCCAACGACGUCCUCUCUGCCGGCUUCGACACCUCCAAGGUCACAGUCACCACCGGCUCGGGCCUCCACGACCACACCGUCGCAGAGCACGCCCUCGGCCUCCUCCUCAACGCCGCCCGCCGCUUCUACGAGAUGCGCGACUACCAGCUCCAGUCAAAGUGGCCCGGCCACCUCGGCGGCCCGCAGCCCGACCGCCCCGCCAACGCCUUCACCACCCUCCGCGACGCCCGCGUGCUCAUCUGGGGCUUCGGCAACAUCGCCAAGUCGCUCACCCCGCACCUCCGCGGCCUCGGCGCCCAGGUCAAGGGCGUCGCGCGCAACGCCGGUAUCCGCGACGGCGUCGAGGUCUACGGCGAGGACAAGCUCGCCGAGCUCCUCCCCGAGACCGACGCCCUCGUCAUGAUCCUCCCCGGCUCCGAGUCCACCAAGAACGCGCUCAACGCCGCGCGCCUCAAGCAGCUGCCCAAGCACGCGUGGAUCGUCAACGUCGGCCGCGGCACGUCCAUUGACGAGGAGGCGCUCGUGGACGCGCUCGAGGCCGGCGAGGUCGGCGGCGCGGCGCUGGACGUGUUUGUUACCGAGCCGUUGCCCGAGUCGAGCCGGUUGUGGAAGGCGCCGAAUGUCGUUGUCUCGCCGCAUGCUGCUGGCGGAAGGCCGCAGGGCAUUGCGUAUAACGAGGCGGUUCCGUGCUAG